ACCAAGAAUUAAACAAUGGUUUUCUUAAUUUAUCCCUUAAGACACUAGUUUUAUUUAUCUUGCUAUAUAUUUAUUUUCAUUUCUUCUCUCUAAUGGCCGAAAAAUUAAGUGGGACACCGUUAUCUAACCCUAAUGCAAUUAUUAACAACCAGUACUGCGUUCCUUACGCGAUUGACCUUGCUGUUGUUAGAAAAGUUUUGACCUUAGACGAUGGCAAUUUCGUUAUUCUUGACGUUACUGGCCACAUGAUUUUUAAGGUUAAAGAAAUCCUCCCGACCUUUGUCCAUGACCGGAAGCAUAUCAUUGAUGUCACCGGAAAAACCAUCGUCACCUUACGCCGAAAGGCAAUGACAGCACACAGCCGAUGGCAAGUUUUUAGAGGAGAAAGCAUAGACACAAAUGAUUUAAUUUUCAAUGCAAAAACACAUUCCAUAGUUCAUUUCAAGACAAAUUUAGACGUUUUCUUAGCAAAUAACUCAGAGGAAAAGGAAUGCAAUUUUAAGGUGAGAGGAAGCUAUUUAGAACGAUCAUGUACAAUUUUUGCAGGAGCAGGAGACGAAAACUCCACCGCAAUUGUCGCACAGAUGCAUAAAAAGCACACGAGUCAAAGUAUAUUGCUAGGGAAGGACAACUUCAUGGUCACAGUGCAACCUAACGUGGAUUUUGCAUUCAUAGUGGCUCUUAUUGUCAUUCUUGACGAUAUCAAUCAUAAGGGUUGAGGCACCUCCAGAUUAAUUCACAGAGGCCAUUAACACUUUAACAUUAGGGUUUGGCCCAUUAAUUCUGAAAAUGUAUCAGAUUUUUGUUCGAUUUCUUCAUUUCUUGUAAUAAUGAAUGAUAUCAAAGUUUACUCUUGCAA